AUGCCAGAAUUCGCAACCGAAGAAGGACCGGAAGGAUGCUAUCUCAUGUUUGAUACCUUGUCGGGAGGCAGACUGCUUUUGUAUUAUUCGCGAGGCAAGAUUCCCUUGAAUGCCAUUGGAUUUUGGUGUCCCGGCCCUGGCAAGGCCAUUCAAGGCUUUAAAUUCAAACAGUCCUCCCAAGAGCUCAUCAAGGGCAUUGCCGGUGGAGAUCAGAAUCGUAAAAAGUACUUUAGUGGGUGGUGCCAAUUCAUCAAACAAGCCAAAGCUAUGGGUGGUUACGUCAUUAAGUUCCCCAAUGCCGAACAAGGUGGAGUAGAAGUGGACAUUAUCGGAUUCCGAAAAGAAUCGGAAGAACCGAUUGAAUUGGACUUGGAGGAAGGGUUGAUUGAAGUGGCUGAUUUGGAUGCGAUUUCGGUGGUCCCCAAGCACAAUCCGACGUUUCGGGGAAUCAAGACCAUUGUCGAAUCAAAUUUUCUGGACAUGGGGAACUUGGCGGGGGCUGCCAUUAACAUUUGA